CAUGGCCGAGAGCCACUGGGACAUGGUGACAGUGCUGUGCAAGAAGGGCCCCACGGCCGCCCAGGCCAAGUCCAAGCAGGCCAUCUUAGCAGCUCAGAGACGAGGAGAGGAUGUGGAGACUUCCAAGAAAUGGGCUGCUGGCCAGAACAAACAGCAUUCAAUCACCAAGAACACGCCCAAGCUGGACCGGGAGACUGAGGAGCUGCACCAUGACCAGGUGACCCUGGAGGUGGGCAAGGUGAUCCAGCAGGGCCGGCAGAGCAAGGGGCUGACUCAGAAGGACCUGGCAACGAAAAUCAACGAAAAGCCGCAAGUCAUUGCAGACUACGAGAGUGAACGGGCCAUUCCUAAUAACCAGUUUCUGGGCAAAAUCGAGAGAGCUAUCGGCCUCAAGCUCUAG